AUGGAGCCGUACGUACGAUUGGCAUUUGUCGUAAUCGCUAUUGUCGCUGUGUGGCCAGGGGCUUGUUGUGCAUCGGAACUCGCGUCGCUCCGUUCGGAAACGACUGCAGUUGAGCCAAGAUAUGAUCGGUAUUACGACAUUUUUGGAUAUUGGUGGCCCUGGUUUAGUGAUUUAUCGACGGUGAUCAUGAUCAAGCUUAAAAUAUGGAUCAUUCUGGUAGCGAUGCUCGUUUUCGGUGAUGGCUAUUACUGGUCCAAGACAAGCGGGCCGAGUAUCUUCGAGAAAAGCCAGUGGGCCCAAGGACCGGGCUGGGGUCGAAGGAAACGCCGGUCCAUUGAACAAACGGAUGCUGCAGAUCCGAGUCUAGCUGAGCAGAUCUUCGAUUCGCUGGACAUUAGUGAUGACACGUGCCGGAAGUGGGUCGUUUGUGAGCUUUAUCUAGAAGCGAAACGUGUUCCAGCAGUUUGGCAAACGUUGAACAGCCAAGGAGCGGAAGUGUUUCGUGCAUAUCGUUCCAAAUCGACCACCCUAACGAGCUCAGCAGAGUGUCGGAAGCAUUACCCUUGUUCGUCGAUGCAGCAGCAACGUGAUCAAGCCGCGGAUGAAGAGGACUGGAGAUGGCCGCGAUAUUUUUAA